GGGCGCGCUGAACCAGAGUUCUGGGUUAGCGGCUCUCGGUUCUUUAUCGCACAGCUGAGCACGAUCCAGAUGUUAGAUUUUUAUUUUUUUAUUCUCUCCCGUUUUUGAAUAGAGUUGUUCUCUGUCGCUCUCUCUCAGAGUCGUUCAAAAACAACGAUUCCUUCGCGACUCAACACUCACCACUCGCAAAGUGAGUUAGCAGAGCAGCUAAUUCACUGUCAAGCCGGUGAGAUUACUGUCAGAAGACAUCUGCAGCGAGCUGUCUGGAGUUAUUAACACAGAGAGCUUCUGGAGUGGAGCAUCAGGUGUCCUCCAUUACUGGCCCAAGACAGUGCUGGUUUUUGGAGACUCCAGUGGAGUCCAGACUGGAGAAGAGAGAGAGAGAGAGAGAAGCUGAGGAGACAACAUGCCCACUGACGGGGAGCCCACGGUCGCAGUGAAGCUGCUGCAGCUGCUGUUGCUCUCCACCUACUGGGGCAUGCAGAUUUGGGUCACCUUCAUUUCAAGCUUUGUGAUGGACAACCACCUGAACAGACACACCUUUGGGUUCAUCCAGAGUCGCCUUGUCCCGUUUUACCUCCACCUGGGUUCAGCCUGUGCCUUCUUCAACCUCACCAUCUACGCUGUGUAUCACCCCAGCGACAUGCUGGACGACAGAGAAGCCUUUCAGAUCUUCAUCUUCUUCGUGUCGGUGACGGUCGCGGCCGUCAACGCCCAGUGGUUCGGCCAGAUGACGUCAGAGAUCAUGGCGGACAUGCACCUGAUCGAGCAGGCGUGCGGUCUGGGUCAGGACAUCGGGCUGUCGUCGAACCGCGAGGCUUACGCCAAGCUGUGCGAGAUGGACGUCAAAUACCGACACCUGAGCAGCCGCCUGUGGCUGUACAGGCUGCUGUCCUCCCUCUGCAACCUCUGCUGCAUAGGCUGCAACUUCUACAGCCUCUGCUACAUCGCGGAGAACCUCGGCACGCUUUAAACCGACACAUAGCUGCUGGACUGAAAACAAAAUAGUCACUUGCACAUCACUCUUUUUUAAAACCAAAGCAGUAAGUUAUAUAUUUAAUACUUUCUCACUCUUAGUUAUAAGAUAAAAAGUCAAGUAAGCCUUGUUGUGCCUUGGGGGUUAAUGAAAGGAUUCAGCCGCCAUGUUUUGUUGGCGGUUUUGAGACAAUCGGUGUCAUUAAAGCUGCAUUUCUCUUAAAGGUUGUCGGGAGGCAAAUCAGUACAUGCAAUGACUAACGGCUCACCUUUCACCUACUGUGGCUGAGGUGGCGGUUUGACAUUUCACCCACUGCCUGUACGGCAGGGUGCCUUUCAGGAACCUAAACAUGAGGGAUGUUUAUUAAUAAUAACUACAUGCAGUACGGGAGUCACCACAGCAAUAAAUAGCAGAAAUGUGCUUCAUAUUUUUUUAAACGUAAGCUCAAAAGGAAAGCAUGUUUUAUUGAGGGCGCUGCUCAGUCCGGCUCUUCCUGUUUGGGUGCAGUUUGAAUACUUUUUUCAGUUACAGGUUUGUCCGGCUCACCUGAGGAGCACCUGUGAAGGGAACGCUUGUUCAUUAUCGUCUAUCUUUAGUCCUCCUGGCUGCUGGUGUGAAACAGAACACUUCAAACACUUUUAACUGUACACAAAGAAUUGUGAAGACUUGCUGAGAUGCUGUGGGUCCGUUUCGACUAAACGUCUGUAAUGAGGAGGAUAGGAGUACGGAGUCAUCUUUAUGCUUCAUAUCUUUAGCGUUAUUUUGCAGAUGUAGGUCUGAAAGAAACCCUUUCGGGGCUCCGUGUUGUCUGUUUGAAGACCUGAAUGAAAUCUCUGCAAUCGACCCUUUCACUGAUCGUCCCAUUAUGACUUCCAUCACACAUCACAGUGUUAAAUAUUUACUAAGCUGUCUGGUCUGUAGCUUGAAUUCCUCGAGUAUAUUUUUGCUUAGUUCUCAAAAUACGCAGCCAUGACUGGAAUAGAAGCCAAAUACUUUGUUGAGUUCUUUUGCUGGAGUUUUGUUCUGUGCAGUUCUGUUCUCGGGUUGUUGUUUGAAUAUCUGUUCCUCUCUGUGCUCUCAUCAAUGUUCUCUCUGUUCUUCUAGUUUGUGUCGGCUGUUUUAAACAUGUCCAUAAACCAAAGUUAAAAAGUACAUUAAGAGCACAGGCAGCUGAGUAUUUAUCCAGAAACUCUGGAGUGACGAAGGUCUUUAUGUGCCAAACACAAUGAUGCAAUAUUACCUGUUUUUAAACUGCACGUCCUUUUAAUUGUGUUGGCUCGGCCAGUCUAAAUUAAAAAUAUUGAAUGCAUGAUUUGACAGUUUUCUGCUUGAACACCAAAGCAUUGCUGUGUCAUUUUAGAGGAUUGUACAUGGAUUUUAGGGUAUUAAAGCUUGUGUCUUAAUGGGUUAUAGUCGUGUAAUACUGAAUGUAAGUUGAGGUCAGUGGUUGGUUGUGGGUUUGUGUCAAUGUUUUAACAUGCUGGUUUUUGUUUUUGUAUUAAAACUUGUUCCAAGUUGCGGGCGACUGUGGCUAAGUGGAUAGCAGGGCCG